AUGAAGCUUUAUGGCUUGCUGGGAGUAAUAAUUUAUGCAUUGGCACAAUCAAAGUGUACAUGCCAAGAUAAAAAGGAGGAUGCUGUUACGUAUACUAAAGUGCAUGUAACAUCGACCAAUGAAAAUGAAUCAGAUGUUUAUAAAGCAAUAGAUAAAAAAGACCCAGGAUAUAGACAUGUUCUUGAUUAUUUACUAGAAAAAGGACAAACAAAUCCGAAUAUGACUGCAGUAAUUGAAAAUGCACAUGGAAAACACGUUGAAACAUAUACAUACAAAACUAUUAUAGAUAAAGUAAAUGCAUUUUCAUCUGUUUUAGAAUCAUAUGAUGGAGGUGUUCCUGAAAAAUCAUAUGACGAAAAAGAAAACGAUGGUAAAUUUAAAAUGUUAGGUAUAUAUGGAAAUAAUUCAUUAAAUUGGGUAGUAGCAGAUUUUGCUGCUAUGAGUACUGGUGUUACUACCUUAGUUAUGCAUUCGAGGUUUAGUGUUGAUGAAGUUGUUAAAAUUUUAAAUGAAUCUAAAUUAGAAUGGCUAUGUUUAGACUUAAAACAUGCACAAACAUUAUUAGAAAGAAUAAAGGAUUUACCACAUUUAAAAAAACUUAUAAUACUUGAUCAUAUCCCAAUGAGUGAUCCUAAGAAACAAAAAGAGUUAAAUAAAAAUGGCACAGAACAAAAAUCCUUAAAAGGUUCUCGUAAAACGAAAAAGUCUUCAUCUAGUGCUGAAGAAAUAAAACAUAAAGAAUUGCUUGAAAACGAUAAACAAAAUUUAUAUGACACAUAUAUGAAAGUUAAACAAGCUGGAAAAAAAGAUAAUAUAGAAAUUCAUUCGAUGGAAUAUGCUAUGAAAAAAUUGGCUAAGAAAAAUACAAUUAAAAAGAAUAUAAGCACAUCUCCAAAUUUUAUUAGUACUAUUAUUUAUACUUCCGGAACUUCAGGACAACCAAAAGGUGUUAUGCUAAGUAACAAAAAUUUAUAUUAUGCAGUCAGAUCAGCUAUUAGUUCUGAGCUACUUGAUUAUUUUUCACCAAAAAUUCAUUUAUCUUACUUACCUAUGUCACAUGUAUUGGAAAGGACAGUUUUGUACUUUUGUAUAUCUAAAGGGAUUACAGUAAAUAUAUUUAGUAAUGAUAUAAAGCAUUUUAACGAUGAUAUGCUAAUAUCAGGAGCAAGUGUAAUAGUUGGUGUUCCUAAAGUUUUUAAUAGAAUUUAUACUAGUAUACAAACAGAAAUAGCUAAUCUUCCAUCCGCAAAAAGAUUUUUUGUAAACAAAGCAUUAAAUAUACGUAGAUCCCAUCGACACGGUAAACUAGAUCGCUUUGUUGAAUCGAUCACAGGUAUUUCUAAAAAAAUAAGAAAUAAAAUAAACCCAUCAUUGAAAAUGCUUCUUAAUGGUGGUGGAAAAUUAUCACCAGAUGUCGAAAAAGAGUUAUCUCUCCUAUUAAAUCUUGAUGUAUAUCAAGGAUUUGGUAUGACAGAAACCGGAGGAGCAAUUUUUAUACAACAUGCUAAAGAUAAGAGUGGUAAUACUAUUGGUGGGUCACAUAUAAAACCUGUCGAAUAUAAAGUAUCAACAUGGGAAACAUAUGAUGCUAAAUCAAACCCACCCAAAGGAGAAUUAUUAAUUAAAAGUGAUCAAUUAUUUAGAGGAUAUUUCUUAAAAGAAGAUUUAACAAAAAGUUCAUUCACAAAAGAUAACUAUUUUAAAACAGGUGAUGUUGUACAAAUUAAUAAAAAUGGAUCCAUCACAUUUUUAGAUAGAUCUAAAGGAUUAGUUAAAUUAUCUCAAGGUGAAUAUGUAGAAACAGAAACUUUAAACAAUUUAUAUUCAAUGAUUCCAUAUAUUAAUUAUUGUAUAGCAUAUGCUGAUGAUACAAUGGAUGGCCCUAUGGCAAUUUUAUCUGUUGAUAAAAAUUUGUUUUCAAAACAUUUAGAAGAUGAUGGUAUACUUAAGAAAUUAAAUAUAUCUAGAAAAGAGUUUAUGGAUAAAGUAUUAGAUGAAGAUGUAAAUAAAAAUAAAGAGUAUGUUGAUUAUAUUAAAAAAGAUAUGUUAGAAGCCUUUAAUAAAUCAAAUUUACCUAGACAGAAUUUAAUUAAUGAUAUAUAUAUCACAAUGGGAUUAUGGGAUCCCUCCAAUUAUUUAACACCAACUUUUAAAGUAAAGAGAUUUAAAUUAUUCCAGGAUUAUGAUUUUUAUAUCCAACAAGUGAAAUCCAAAUAUAAAGAAAAAUUAAAAGGUCAAAAAGCUCCUGCAAAAAAUUAA